AUGGUUAAAGAUUUCAUGGCUAAUAAUAAUGUUGGGGAGAAAAAAGCAAAAGGUCAAGAGAAUGAUGAAUUUUCAGAAACUAUAAAUGUAUUUGAUGGCUUUUCAGAUUCUAACUCGGAAUCCUCUGAGGAUAAAGACGAGUUUUUAGAUAAAACUCAUUCUAGGUUCUAUAAUAGAUAUAAGAAUAAAACUGAACUCGAUCCCUGGAUAAUGUCUGAAACUCCCGAACACCCACAAAUUGAAAAGACUGAUAAUUACCUUUCACAUGAUUGUGUUAUCAAGAUUUCUAAGUUUCUGGAAGAAAAAAGUAUAAUCCUUGAUGUGGUAUAUAAAAGCUUCCCUUUCUUGUCUUACAUUAAUUCGAAUGCAUGGCAUCAGGAUGUAUUUAAAUAUACCAAUUCAGAAGCUAAAUGCCCAAUAUGUAAAGAGAGUUUACCAGAAACUGAGGGAAGAAUACCAAACAAAACCCACCUUUAUCAGCUAGAGGCCAGCUUACAUCAAUAUGCCAUUGAACAUGGAAUGGAUUCUGAGAAAUUUUCGAGGAAGGAAGACCCUAGAAAAUAUCAUAAAUUUUUAACAGAUCGGGAAAGGCUAGUCGGUGAAGAAUUAUUACAUUGCAGUAUAGUAAAGAGUGGUUUAAGUACUACAUGGCUUGAUGAGCUUAUGAAAGAAUGGGAAGGAGUCUACACACAAUUUAUACAAAUGUUCUCUCCAAAUGAAAUUGGAAUUGAGAUAACAACGAAGGCAUAG